CUCUAUAAAAGAGUGCUGAGACAAUCUAGAGCAGGAGACACUGAGGGGACACUGCCUACUGUCCCUUCCUGCUGUUGAAAACUUACCAGACCCUUACAAAGGAAAAUUUCCCCUUCUUUUAUGCUCUGAAUGCUUUUCCAAACAUGAAGGUAAUAAGCUUAUUUAUUUUGGUGGGAUUUGCAGGAGAGUUGCAAGUUUUUUCAAGUGUUUCCUCUCCAAUUGACUGCCAGUGGAAUCCGUACGGCCAGUGGACAGAAUGCAACGGCUGCACCAAGACUCAGACUCGCAGGCGGACAGUUGCUGUUUAUGGACAGUUUGGGGGUCAAAAUUGUACUGGAAAUGCUUUUGAAACACGAUCCUGUGAACCCACACAAGGGUGUCCAACGGAAGGGGGCUGUGGAGAGCGUUUCAGGUGUUUUUCAGGUCAGUGCAUCAGCAAAUCUUUGGUUUGCAAUGGGGAUUCUGACUGUGAACCAGAUGGAGCUGAUGAGGACAGAUGUGAAGACUCAGAAAGCAGACCUUCCUGUGACAUUCAUCAGCCUCCUCCCAACAUAGAACUUACUGGCACUGGUUAUAAUGCUCUCACUGGUGAGUUUAAGAAGGGAGUCAUCAAUACCAAAAGCUUUGGUGGCCAGUGUAGAAAAGUGUUCAGUGCGGAUGGAAAGCAAUUCUACAGAUUGAGUGGAAAUAUCCUUUCUUACACAUUCCAGGUAAAAAUAAAUAAUGAUUUUAAUUAUGAAUUUUAUGAAAGUACUUGGUCUUACAUAAAACAAACGUUGACAGAAUAUGAAUCAUCAAGAAGCAGCAAGUUCUUUUUCAGAUCGUCAUUAUCCCGUUCAUACAAUCAUGCUUCAAGUCUCAAAGAAGAGUUUAAGGAAAAGAAUUAUCAGCUGUUGGUUAUUCAGAACACCGUUGAGGUGGCUCAGUUCAUUAAUAACAACCCAGAAGUUUUACAACUGGCUGAGCCAUUCUGGAAGGAGCUCUCCUACCUUCCUUCCUUGUAUGACUACAGUGCCUACCGAAGAUUGAUUGAGCAGUAUGGGACUCAUUAUCUGCAGUCUGGGUCCUUGGGAGGAGAAUACAAGGUUGUAUUCUAUGUGGACUCAGCAAAAGUCAAAGCAAGAGAUUCGAGUUCAGAAAAGGGGAAGAAAUGCUCUUCCUCCGAUUUCAAUUUUAUCUUUGUAUCACAUUCAGAGAGCAAAUGUGAGAACCUGGGAGCAGAUUCACAGUUAGAUUCAGGAACUAAGAACAAUAUGUUGGAAGGAGAAUCCUUUGUUAGAGGGGGAACUUCAGCCCUCAUAUCUGGCCUUAAAUUCCUGGAUCUGAAGAAUCCUGCUGACAACAAAAAGAGAUACUCUCUUUGGGCAGAAUCUGUGCCUAGUCUUCCGCAAGUCAUAAAACAAAAGCUAACGCCUCUGUAUGAGUUGGUAAAGGAAGCACCUUGUGCUGCUGUGAAAAGACUGUACCUGAAGCGGGCUCUGGAGGAGUACCUGGAUGAGUUCGACCCUUGCCAUUGCCGUCCUUGCCAAAAUGGUGGCGUGGCCAUUGUGGUGGGAACUCAGUGUCAGUGCAACUGCAAACCGUACACCAAAGGUGUGGCAUGUGAGCAAGGGGUCCUCGUAGGGGAUCACGCAGGUGGGAUUGAUGGAGGUUGGAGUUGCUGGUCCUCGUGGAGUCCCUGUGUUCAAGGAAAGAAAACAAGGACCCGAGCAUGUAAUAACCCGUAUCCCAGUGCAGGUGGAAAGUCCUGCAUUGGAGAGACAACCGAAACCAGGCAGUGUGAAGAUGAAGAGCUGGAGCAUUUGCGAUUGCUUGAACCACAUUGCUUUCCUUUGUCUUUGGUUCCAAAAGAAUUCUGUUCAUCACCUCCUGCAUUGAAAGAUGGAUUUGUUCAAGGUGAAGAUACUAAGUUUCCCGUUGGGAAAAACAUAGUUUAUACUUGUAAAGAAGGAUAUUCUCUUGUUGGAGACCCUGUUGCCAGAUGUGGAGAAGAUUUACAGUGGAUUGUUGGAGAAAUGCACUGUCAGAAAAUUGCCUGUGCUCUACAGGUACUGAUGAAUGGCAUACAGAUUCACCCUCACAAGCCUUUCUACGCAGUUGGUGAGAAGGUGACUCUUUCCUGCUCAGGAGGCAUGUCCUUAGAAGGUCCUUCAGUAUUUCUUUGUGGAUCCAGUCUUAAGUGGAGCCCUGAGAUGAAGAAUGUUCGAUGUGUGCAAAAAGAUGUUCCCUUAACACAGGCAGCACCUGAAUGUCAGCUCUGGGAGAAAGUGCAGAGUUCAAGAUGUGUUUGUAAAAUGCCCUAUGAAUGUGGAUCUUCCUUGGAUGUGUGUGCUCAAGAUGAGAGAAGCAAAAGGAUAGUGCCUCUGACAGUUUGCAAGAUGCAUGUUCUCCACUGUCGGGGUAGAAAUUACACUCUUGCUGGCAGGGACAGCUGUUCUCUGCCUGUGUUGGCCCAGAAAACUUGUGGUGCAUGUUCACUUUGGGAAAAAUGUGAUGCCCAAAGCAACAGAUGUGUCUGCCGACAAGCAUCAGAGUGCCAGGAACAAGGGAUCAACAUCUGCAUGGAAGUGAACGGCGAGGAACAGACGAUGUCUGAGUGUGAGGCAGGCGUCCUGAGGUGCAGAGGGCAGAGCAUCUCUGUUACCAGUGUAGAGGCCUGUGCUGCAGAUCCCCAGUAGGCUGCUGACGGCUCAGUCAUGUUGUUUGGAAUCCAGCAGGUGCUAGCUGAGUGAAAAAGUCUAUACAACUGGCACUUAGACCAGGUUUCCAGCACAAAUAAACAUUGUUUCUCUUUCUCCUUCCUCUCCAGUAUACACUUCCCUCUCAACUGUAAGCCACCCCUGUAAACAAGUCCUUUGUUCCCCCAAACUUGAAUCAGAUAUUCUUUUUUCUUCUUUUUUUAAAUUUAGAAGACAAUAUUCACUCACCACUGCAAGAGCUAGCUAUGUAUUCUUGGAAAAGCUCUCUGGACUUUGGCUUUUUUGUCUGUAAAAUUAGAAGAUUAGACUAGAAACACCUGCAUGCUUUAUUCAUCCUUAUGAUUCUAUUAAGUGUGAGUGACCCAGCCCAGGCGCCAGAAUAAACUCCACAAAAUUGAUCAGGAAAACAGAAAGAAUACAAUUUCCUCAUUAGAGAGAUUGGUUUCCCUUAAUGAAAUCAAAGAGAACCUUUAAUGAUAAAAAGACAGAUACAAUCAUUUCUACCCUGGGCGGUAAUGUCAUGCUUUGCCCUGCAGAGUCCUCUGCUGCGAGAUCUCUAUUCUUGUCAGCAGACUAAGAAACUUCACUGUCAGAGCAGAAUCUAUUGCGCUAAGGUCACAGGGUGCCUUCUGCCUCCUUGUCUGAGAACACACAUAAAUCAGUUUUCUCCUGGGGGCUCUUCUCUAGUUAGUAUGUUUCAAACAUAAGACCUACAAUCACCACUCCUCACCUCUUUUAAGAUGAAUAUUAGUUCAUGUCUGGUCUACUGAAUAAUGACUAUUUGAGAACAGCCUUACUUAAUACGGAUAUACUCGUAGAUUUUUCUGUAAGUAUAUAGUUUGGUCUUCUUUUUAUUCUUUGUUCUUUUACCAAAACAAAAAAGCAGCUACAGGAGGUAAAAUGAAAAGGCUUAACUAGAAUUUAAAAUAUGUUUUUAUAUAUAAGUGCUAUCCCUAUAAUUUUAUGUUAGUAAAUAUGUUUAAAAACAUUUUUUCUAAGAUGAUAAGGAUUAGCAAACUCAUUAAAGAUAUUAUGUAUUAGAA